AUGGAUUCAAAAAAAUUGCAACUUCCAACUUCUACAGGUCAAUCUCUCGAAAAAAUUUCGCGUCUUCUGGGGAUUAAUUUGUCGAGUUAUGUGGGCAGAUUAUAUACUUUUAUACUUAUUGUAUUAUUUUCCAUGUUAAGUCAAAUGUCUUGGAACAAUAAUUGCACUGGAUAUGAUGAAGAACAUCUUAUUAAAAAAUUCAUGGUAACAUUAGAGUACAUUCUGUACUUUUUCUUAGUUCUGACAACGAUGGGCACAUCUAUAUUUCGUCCAAAACAAUUCGCUUUUCCUCUCCAAGAGAUGUUCAUCAUUGACACUAUAUUUGAGUUGUAUGGCGUAAAAUUUUCGAAAAAGGAUAUUUUUCUCGCACAUUUGCAGGAUGCUGCAAUAAUGAUAGUGGCACUACUUGUUAUGAUGAAAUAUGCUUACGAUAUAAUCGCGACUAAUUCGUAUCAAUUGAUAUGCUAUUUCUUGCAAUCGUGGUAUUCGAUAGUCUGUCUGCUAUUUAUGGAUGGAUUAUUUACCCAUUACAUCAACGAUAUGUAUUUAAGGUUUCGCGAAUUAAACAAGAUUGCGAUACAACGUUCAAAAGAGAAUUUAUCGAUUAUUUAUGUCGACUUUAUAGCGAAUUUGAACAUGUGUAAUGAAUACAGUUGCACUGUAGUGACCAAAAUCCGUUUGAUUCAGCAUAUUCAUCAUGGAUUAUAUAUUUUGGCGACAAAGAUUAAUACAAAUUUUGGUCUGCAGCUUUUAAUCAUUUCUAUUAUAUGCUUUAAUGCUAUCAUUAUUCUUCUGCAUGAUAUGUAUCAUAAUAUGAAAACAGACAGUGAAAAUAACGAGAUCUUAAUUUUUAAUAUGAUCUUCAUAUUUUGCUAUGGUUUUCGAUUGUUAUACAUCAGUUUUGUUUGUCAGCGAUCUAAAAAUGAAUUCAAUCAAAUGGGAAUAAUUUUGCAUGAUGUUUUCUUGGAAUACAAGUCAAUGCAAUCUGAAGUGAUACAUUUUUCACUUCAAUUAAUCCACGAAGAUUUGACAUUUACUGCUUUUGGAUUGUAUGAAAUCAAUAUUUCCCUUAUAUGUUCCAUUACUGGAGCAGUAGUAACAUAUCUUGUCAUGGUCAUUCAACUUGACACCCCAACAAAAUUUGCAAAUCACAAUGUAACCACUACGUGAAAUUAUAUUGAUGAUGUAAUUGGCUGCUUUUUUCGCAAAGUGAUGCACAGAUAGUCGAAAUCAAGAUUCACGAAAGACGAGACACAAAAAAAGAAAGAUGUUGAUUGUAACCCAGUGAGAAAUCAUCAAUUAAAAAAACAUCGAAUCAAUUACUUUCCACUACUUUUUCAUUAAAGAGAU